AUGUGGAGCGGCAAGAGCAAGAGCGCGUCUCGGCUGCUCUCCUGCCUGGCGCUUGUGGCUUUGUGGAGAACCAGAUUUGUCAGUGGAGACGCCGCAUCUGAUGCCUUCAAAACCAACAUCACUCUGUUCACACGCAUCCUAGACAAUCUGCUAGAUGGCUAUGAUAACCGUCUCCGUCCUGGUCUCGGAGACAGGGUAACUGAGGUGAAGACAAACAUCUUUGUCACCAGUUUCGGACCUGUUUCGGACACAGACAUGGAAUACACCAUCGAUGUUUUCUUCAGGCAAACCUGGAAGGAUGAGAGAUUAAAAUUUCAUGGACCAAUGAAUAUUUUGCCUCUCAACAACCUGAUGGCAAGUAAAAUCUGGACCCCGGAUACUUUUUUCCAUAAUGGGAAAAAGUCUGUGGCUCAUAACAUGACCAUGCCUAAUAAAUUGCUGAGGAUCAAAGAUGAUGGGACGUUACUGUACACGAUGAGGUUAACCGUGCAUGCAGAAUGCCCAAUGCAUCUGGAGGAUUUCCCCAUGGACUUUCAUUCCUGUCCGCUUAAAUUUGGAAGCUACGCCUACACAAUCUCAGAAGUGACUUAUGCCUGGACUCUGAAUGCCUCAGAGUCCGUAGUUGUGGAAGGAGAAAGCUCACGUCUGAAUCAGUAUGACUUACUUGGACAAACAGCAGGCCAAGAAACUAUUAAAUCAAGUACAGGUGAAUACACCGUGAUGACAGCUCAUUUCCAUCUGAAGAGGAAGAUUGGCUAUUUUGUCAUCCAGACAUACCUCCCAUGCAUCAUGACUGUCAUCCUCUCCCAAGUGUCUUUCUGGCUGAAUAGAGAAUCAGUGCCAGCAAGAACUGUAUUUGGGGUAACCACUGUUCUCACGAUGACAACGCUGAGUAUAAGUGCUCGCAACUCCCUUCCGAAGGUCGCAUAUGCCACUGCCAUGGACUGGUUCAUCGCUGUCUGCUAUGCUUUUGUCUUCUCCGCUUUGAUUGAGUUUGCCACAGUCAAUUACUUCACCAAGCGUGGCUGGGCCUGGGAUGGAAAGAGUGUUGUGACUGACAAGAAAAAAGAGAGGGCAUCUGUGAUAAAGAAGAACAACGCCUACGCUGUAGCAGUGGCCAAUUAUGCGCCCAAUAUUACUAAGGACUCCAGCACACUUCCAACCAUUGCCAAAGGAGGCACUUUGGAAUUCAACAAGGUCAAAGGAGACGGAAAAGUCGAGAGCAAGAAGACAUUCAAUAGUGUUAGCAAAAUUGACAGGAUGUCACGGAUUAUGUUUCCUGUUCUCUUUGGUUCAUUCAACCUAGUUUACUGGGCCACCUACUUAAACAGAGAACCCGUCAUCAAGGACAUGGUGCCCUCUACUUAG